GCAUGCUGUUACGACCUCCAAUACGAAAUGUGGACAUUGGUAUAAGGUUUAGAGUGGUGAUACCUGUGACAGCAUUACAAAUGAGUUCGAUAUAUUACUCACGGAUUUCGAGUUUCUCAACCCGCAGUUAGAUAUGAAUUGCACAGACCUAUGGUUGGGAAACAGUUAUUGUGUCCAACCAGUCGGCAACAUUAAAACAUAUUCUGGGUAUUCUGUGUCAUCCUCAGGCUACAGUGCACUCCCGACUACAAUUAACCUCAACGCUACACUAACAGCGAACCGAUCAACAACUCAUUUUUUCCCCACCCUUACCCCUGUUACUACGAGUACAUUCGUCUAUAACUCAACAGCCGUCUCCUUUGCUCAUAACUAUACGCUCUGUUCACAAGCUUUGAAAUAUUACAAUAUCACCAACGGCGAUAUCCCAGAGAGUGUGGUCCAAGACUCUCAGUGGUACUCAGAAUACCAGAGGGUCUGUUUACUCAAUCUGAGUCAACCGUUGCCCACUAUACCUUUCAAUAUAAGUACUACAGGUAUCAGAAUUUCCCCGGAUGGCACGUGCGGAGAGUCCUACGGAUACACCUGUAAAGGGUCAUCUUUCGGCGACUGUUGUAGUAUUUACGGUUAUUGGUAUAGUAUUCCCAUCUUCACCACGUUCUAUAGUCAAGAUUCAGAUUCUAAUUACCAAUAUACAGUGGUUCUGGUAGUGACUACUGCGGUUCUAAUUGUGAUCCGGAGUAUGGGGACUGCAGUUCGUAUAGUUCAUCAUCUACGGCUUCGGCUGGUGCUUCUGCGACAUUGCCAUCAGCUUCAGCUACAUCAACUGCAGCAAUUACAGUUUCUCCGGAUGGUACAUGCGCAGAGACUUAUGGAUAUACUUGCAAAGGGUCAACCUUCGGGGACUGUUGUAGCAUAUAUGGUUAUUGCGGUUCCACCAGCGACUAUUGUGGCUCAAAUUGUGACAUCAACUAUGGCAAUUGUACUUAGACCGCGCAUUAUCCGAACAGGUCAGCGUGAUCUCACGAAGCUACUGUAGUUGUGAUAACCUAUGAUGAGUGAAAGGACAACUGGUCCUUGAUUACUGUCGUCGUCCAUUGUUGUGCUUGAUCCGACGCAUUCUAUUUGUGAAAUACCAAAGCAGAAGAGAAAAAGGGUUAGCACGAGUCCCUAUAGAUGAAUUCUACUUUCGUGUACAUAAAUAAUUACUCGAUUCGAUCUUCAAAGCAAGGUUGAAGAUAGCAAGUAAUAAUCAGAAUUUUAUUAAAUUUACG